AUGGCUUCUGCUUGCCAUGUUCGAUCCAUCAGCUUGCCAUCAAGGCCUCACCAGUCUACACUAGACGUUGAUAUUCAGUUGGAGAGGCUGAGAUCCUCUCAGUCAGCAUCUUUACCAUCUAAUUUGAGUGGCCUCAAGGAUUUGUACGAAUCAAUCGACAAUUUCCUUCAACUGCAAGCAACCCAGAAAGAGAUCCUGAAAGAGCUUCAAUCAUCACUCAGAAGGAAAAGAGGAAGUGAAUCAGUUGAAGCUUAUAUGGCUGCCAAGAAGCAACUGAGCACAGAAAUAUGUAAGUGUUUGACAAAUCUAAAGAGUUCACAGAAGAACUGCACCAGCUCCCAGGAGAAAGAUUCCAGCGUGGCGGUUGGAACCCUUAGACAGGCUGAAGAGGCAUGCAGUGAGAUCUUCGAAUCUCUAUUAGCGAUGAUUUCCUGCUCGAACCCAAAGACCAAGAGAUGGUCUUUGGUCUCGAAACUGUUGCACUCCAAGAGGAUUUCCUCCUGCGAAGGGGAAAGCAAUGGGAUUAAUCAAGUUGUGAAGAUGGAAAGGGAACUUAUGGCUUUGAGGUCUAGCAAAGAGAUGAGCUGUGGGGAGUUGAAGAAUUUGUUAAAGAGUUUGGAGAGAAUUGAGUUGACCAUUCAAGAAGUUGAAGAAGAGUUAGGUUGUGUUUAUAAGCUGUUGGUGAAAACCAGAGUUUCCAUUCUUAACAUCCUCAGCCGAUGA